GCUCAAUACCUUCCCACAGCAAUGUAGCACAUUUCUAAUUCAAAGCAUAUCAGUCUUUGUGUCACAAGUCUGUAGUAUAGUAUUUCGGUCGUCACUCAAGCCACAUCGCAGAGUAACCACAUCUCAGACACCAGGGAUGGUGAACGGAUUUCAUAUAGGCUACGUGUGAUGAACGUUCAAGGGGCAAAAUAAAAGGGCAUCGACUGACACUUCAAACACAGACAGAACAGCAGGCUCACCUUCCCCUUAUUUGAUUGGUGAGUUUUUCAACUCAACUAGGAGGUGCAACUAAAUGUUGCCGCUGGCCAACAUGAUCCAUUUGCUGGUCUUUGCUUUGGUCUCAGGACUGCUUGUGAGCUCUGUGACCCCUCAAGACCUUAAGGCAGGUUCAAAGAGUCCGCACUAUCCACCCAAUCCAGACUAUCCACCCGAUCCGGACUAUCCACCCCAUCCACCCCAUCCACCCUAUCCACCCCCUCCAUACCAUCCACCCCUUCCACCCAAUCCACCCCAUCCACCCCUUCCACCCAAUCCACCCCAUCCACCCCAUCCACCCCAUCCACCCCCUCCACACCAUCCACAACAUCCAGACCGUCCAGACUGUCCAGACCGUCCAGACUAUCCAGACCCUCCACACUGUCCACACCAUCCUAUCGACCCCAUAAAACCAAUUCACUUGCCUGAUUUUACGAACAUCAAAUGUUGGACGGAGUGGUUUGACAGGGACGACCCCUCUGGGACUGGAGACUAUGAGACCCUCGCACAGCUCCGCUCAGAGAACCCCGGAAAGAUCUGUCACCAUCCUGUACAGAUAGAGGUCACCACUACCAGUGGAGGGAGUCUCCCUACUGGAAAUGUUAUUGCGGCAAUGGACACAAUCACAGGCUUUGUCUGUAAAAAUGCAGACCAGCAUCCGCACAAACCACGCUGUUUCGACUACCGUGUCCGGUUCAGCUGCCACCCACCAUUUUGUGCAUCAUCAGGAGUGUGCUGGACCAAGUGGUUUGAUUGUGACAACCCUAGUGGAACAGGGGACUGGGAAACCCUUAGUAUGCUCCGUAAAAAGAACCCUGGAGUCAUCUGUGCUCAACCCCUCUACAUAGAAAGCGUUGUCGUGGGAACCAACACCCCUGCCUGGGGGCAGAAUUUCCUCACCUACAAUCCAACCCAGGGCUUCGUCUGCCGCAAUAAGGAUCAGAAAGGCAAACAUUGUCUGGAUUACAAAGUGAGAUUUGCGUGCCCAUGUGGUUGCCCAUGUGGUUGCUCAUCUGGUUGCUAAUUUACUGUGAAGCUAUAUGGGUCUCAAAGUUAAUAAAUGGAAAUCUGGACUUAAUAAACAGGCUAGUUUAGUUCAAACUCUUUGACCAUGUUUCCUUUGUUCCAUCUUCAAAUCAUCUGACCUUGUAAUGUGCAUCAGAGCAGUGCUGUGGUUUUAAAUCAUGGCAAUUGUGACCAGUUGGACUGCCUUAGCAUCUGAAAGAAUGUACUUGUUGAUUGAAGGUAUUGAGGGGUAAAGAGCAGUAUCCUGGAGCAGACAACAAACACUGAUCGACUCAAUCCAUCUCCUCUCCUCUACCCCUCCAUCCAGUCGACUGUGUGGCUGUGUAGGAGUCUGUCGCCACAGUGUGCU